AUGGAGGAAUCGACUACGCCUUCAGAUGCGUCCAGCGUUGAGAAAGGAUUAGAUGCUGGGACUCCCAAGGAAACUACCCCCACCUUUCCAGAAGGGGGGUUCAAGGCAUGGCUGACGGUCUCGGGAGCAGCUGCUGCCUUGUUUGUGUCCUUUGGAUGGGUCAAUUGCAUAGCUUUGUUCCAGGCAAACUAUGAGAUGAACCAGUUGAAGGGGUAUUCUAGGUCUGCAAUUUCAUGGAUCACAUCGAUGGAGUUCUUCUUCAUGAUGUUCAUGUCACCGGUGGCUGGGAGACUGUUCGACCGGUAUGGCCCACGUGUACCGCUCGCCAUCGGAACAGUAUUACAUGUCCUGGGCCUUAUGAUGGCAAGCAUCUCAACCAAGUACUAUCAGUUCGUGCUCAGCCAAUCUGUAUGCUCGGGAAUAGGGGCUUCCUUCAUCUUUAACCCGGCAAUGGCCGCACCUCAAACCUACUUCCGAGAGAAGAGGGGCCUCGUUGCCGGUUUGACCGUUGCAGGCUCGUCAUUGGGUGGGGUUAUAUUCCCGCUCAUGGUCCAGCAUCUCCUCCCGGCCGUAGGGUUCGGAUGGACCAUGCGAAUCUGUGCCUUUCUAAUCCUUGGGCUGCUUAUAUAUGCCGACUUGACGAUCACAUCGAACUUUAACCAUGGCCCGCGUCCUUUCAAGCUAUCGAACUAUUUCUCUCCUUUGAAAGAGUUGAACUUCAACCUGAUGUGGUUUUCCAUGUUCUUUUUAUUCUGGGGAAUGUUUAUCCCUUUCGAUUACAUAGUCGUGUCUGCCAUCCACUAUGGCAUGCCACAAAGCCUGGCCUACUCGCUUGUGCCGGUUCUGAAUGGCGCCAGCUUUUUUGGCCGUACGGUGCCCAACUAUAUCGGCGAUCGCAUCGGGCGUUUCAACGUCAUGAUUGUGAUGACGCUAUUCUCAACCAUACUCGUGCUGGCGCUUUGGUUACCCGGAAGGAGUACAGGAGCCAUAUUUGCAUUUUCAGCAUUAUUUGGUAUCAGCUCUGGCGCCGGAAUAGGACUUGGAAUGCCAUUGAUAGCCGUCGUUUCUCCAAUGAAGGAGCUUGGUUUCCGAAUGGGGAUGGUCGUGUCCAUUGCCUCCAUUGCCACGCUCACCAGCCCUCCCAUCGGUGGAGCAAUCAUCGCGCGAGACGGCGGCAGUUUCACAUAUCCAUGUGUCUUUUCUGGCAUAAGUUUCCUGGUCUCGGUAGCUGGCUAUACCGCGCUACGAAUUCGGCUGGGAGGCGCAAAGCUCACAGCCAAAAUAUGA